AUGGAGCGAGAGGCUCUGAAGAGUGAGAAUUUAACUUUCUGGGACACCGUGCUCGAUUGCAGCGAAUGGAAGAUAGAUGCUGAGGGUGCUGUUUACCAUCUCGCUAAUAUUUUGUUAGUUUUAGGUUUCAUGGGAGGAAGUGGGAUCUAUGGUCUUCUUUACCUGUUCUUUUUCUUGGCACUAGGCUUCCUUUGCUCUUCGAUAUGGGCUUGGAUGGAUGUUUGUGCUGCUGAUAUUUUCUCGUGGAAUUUUACCCUUUUGGUGAUCUGUGCGGUGCAGAUUGUGCAUGUCGCCUACCAGCUCCGUAGUGUCACUUUUGACAGAGAAUUCAAGGACCUUUAUGGAAGUAUCUUCCAGCAACUGGGCAUUCCCCUUACUGUCUAUGGGGAAAUAGUUUCUUGCUGUGAUGGGGAGGUGACCACUCUGGAAAAAGAUCAUUGCUACGCAAUGGAAGGCAGGACCCCUAUCGAGAAGCUUGCUAUUCUGCUGUCAGGAAGAAUCCGCGUGACAGUUAAUGGAGAGUUUUUACAUUUUAUUUACCCCUAUCAAUUCCUGGAUUCCCCCGAAUGGGAUUCGCUCAGACCUUCAGAAGAGGCCACUUUUCAGGUGACACUAACAGCAGACACAAAUUGUCGAUAUGUGGGCUGGAGGCGAAAAAAAAUGUAUUUACUCUUCGCUAAACACCGUUAUAUAGCCAAGGUGUUUUCGGUCCUGAUUGGGAAUGACAUUGCUGAGAAACUCUUCUCGCUGAACGACAGCGUCUACGACAGCGAUGGAAUUCGGUAUGAUCUCAGAUUACCCAAUUUGUGUCACGUGUUGUUGUCUGAUUUAGGAACUAACACUGCGUUGGGAAGCCUUUCACGAAGACAAACUGCAGAGUUGAACUAA